UGCUUGCUGCCAGCAUCACAUGUCAUCAGUCCUCGUUGAGUUUACACGCUACCGGACCGUAUUUCUUUCUGUUAAAGGAGGAUAGUGGUUUAUUUGUGUAUUUAUUUCUGAGGCAAAUUCAACCGAGGACGCAGUUAUUUCUGCCAUGGCGAAAGGAGAAGGAGCUGAACAAUACUCGAACGCCAGUUUGUUGAAUAAACCGGGGAACUCGGAUGGCAUCCAGCUCGCUAAAAGGCAUGAGCAGAACAGGUUAUCAGUCUGCAACAAGAUAUGCUAUGCCAUCGGGGGAGCUCCGUACCAGAUCACAGGAUGCGCCCUGGGCUUCUUUUUGCAGAUCUAUCUACUGGAUGUAGCACAGAUCGAUCCCUUCUAUGCUUCCAUCAUCCUAUUUGUUGGGCGAGCUUGGGAUGCCGUAACGGACCCCACAGUGGGCUUCCUGGUCUCUCGAAGCCCGUGGACGCGUUUUGGACGCAUGCUGCCCUGGAUUGUACUGUCAACCCCUCUGGCUGUGAUUUCCUACUUCCUCAUAUGGUACGUUCCUCCCUUUGAGAAUGGCAAAGUCAUCUGGUACCUCUUCUUCUACUGCCUCUUCCAGAGCCUCCAGACUUGCUUCCAUGUGCCAUACUCAGCCCUCACCAUGUUCAUCAGCUCAGAGCAGAAAGAGAGAGACUCUGCGACUGCCUACAGGAUGACGGUGGAGGUUUUGGGCACCGUGCUCGGUACGGCGAUCCAGGGCCAGAUCGUCGGCUUGGCGAACGCUCCCUGCAUCCCUGGGCCCGCCGAUAUCCUGGCGGAGCCGAGCAACUUCUCUGCGUCCCCUGGACUUAAUGAGUCUAAGCCUGUCAUCUCCCUGGAGGACACGAGAACGGCCUACAUGAUCGCGUCGGGUGUGAUCUGCUUGAUUUACAUCAUCUGUGCUGUCGUGCUGUUCUUCGGUGUGAGAGAACAAAAAGAGUCUUCUCGUCCCAGGUCUGAGCCCAUGUCCUUCUUUCAGGGGAUUAAGCUGGUGAUGGGGUAUGGACCAUAUGCCAAACUGGUCAUGGGCUUCCUCUUUACCUCACUAGGCUUCAUGCUCCUGGAGGGAAACUUUGCCCUGUUCUGCAGCGCCACACUGGGUUUCAGGAACGACUUCCAGAAUAUUCUGCUGGUCAUCAUGCUCUCCGCUACUCUGGCCAUUCCCUUCUGGCAGUGGUUUCUGACUCGUUUUGGAAAGAAGACGGCGGUUUACGUUGGCACACUGGCUGUGAUUCCUUUCAUGAUCCUGGUGGUGUCCCUGAAGAGUAACCUGGCUGUCACCUACAUCUGCUCCUUUGCUGCUGGCGUUGGCGUGGCUGUCGCCUUCCUGCUACCUUGGUCUAUGCUGCCCGAUGUCGUCGACGACUUCCAAGUGCAAAAUCCCGACUUCACCGGCCACGAAGCUCUCUUCUAUUCCUUCUACGUCUUCUUCACCAAGUUUGCUUCUGGAGUCUCUCUCGGCAUCUCUACUCUUAGUUUAGACUUUGCGGGUUACAUCAGCCGAGGCUGCUCUCAACCUAAGGAAGUGGACUUGACGUUGAAAUUACUGGUUUCGGCUGCACCCAUAGCUCUGAUGGCGAUUGGCCUGUCCAUAAUUUACUCUUACCCGAUCAAUGAGGAGAAGAGGCAAGCUAACCGCAAACUCCUACAGGAACUGAGGGAGAAUGAGGCGGACUCUGAAACGGACUCAGCAGAACUAGCCAACGUGGUCUAGCUCAUUUUCCAGACAGACCAGUGGGGUGAACGAAUGGCACUCUUGCACCGGACGGCACCAACGGACCCGCGCCUGUCGGAUCACUGCCUUGUCCACUAAUGCUACUGUUGCUGCUGCUGAUCCAGAAGUACUUGAUUCACUCAAGUGUCAUUGUUUCAGCCACCCUGAGGCCUUUUCUAAAGACAACCCUCCCAUCUGUGAAUCUGUGAUAUUUUCCUGGCACACUUCUCUGUUUCUGUUUUUCUUGGGGGAAAAAAGCCUUAUUUUUUAGAUGUGCUGUGAAAAGAUUCUUUUUAUUUUCUUUGUUUAGUUGGUCUUUCUCUGAGUCAAAAUCACACAAGAACUAUGAAAAGCAUUAAGAGCAUUUUUUCAUUAGUAUUAAUGGUGCUAUAUACGCAGGUCGAACGUGAGCGACCUCAGGAGGCUCUGAGAUGUGAGCGUUCGACACGAGGAACUUGAACAGCGGUACAACCUUAAUUUGUUCCCCCGUUUACGGGGUUUUAAAAAGCUGAUGCAAACGUCAGGGUUUUUUUGUUUUUGUUUUUUAAAAUAGAAAUUGUAAUUUUACAUUUUCACUUCAUAGUUUACACAAUCCAAUCAGCCAGCCUGCUUCAUCUUAUUCCCAUCCCACCGGCUUUUCCUAUAAGAGGUUAGAAAUAAUGGUGAUGUUUGAACUUGUGGCCAAACAGGAACACCUGCACUCUAAAUGGCUUCUAAUAUUACUCCACCGUCACACUGAAACCACUACAGGAGUGAAAGCAGUUAUUUUUUUAAAAAACAUAACUGUGAUGUCUGUAUAUUCAGCAGCUACAUUAUUUCCAUUAUUUAUAAGGACAACUGCUGAUAGCAGGAAAAACCUUUUCUCUCUCAAUGCUUUAAAUUUAAGUUACUACAGGCACCUGUAAUUUAGUGAUAUCAUUAUUUAAAUAUUUAUUAGUUUUAAUUUUUCCUUUUCAAAUUCAUGUUUUCUAGAAAGCCAUGCUUCUUGGAUUAUUUAACUCUAUUUAAGGCCUGUAAAGCUGUUGCCAACUGGGCAUUCAGGUUUAACCUCCUCUGCUGUCUUUGCUUCAUAUGCAUUUUAUAAAAGGGAAGCGCAUCAUUUUGGAGAAAGAAGAAGGAAAAAAAAAAAAGAUGAAGAUGGAAAGCGGAGCUCUUAUCAAUGGGUGUUUAUGUUUAUCUGUAUAUAUGUUUUUAUUGGAGAAGCACAUGUCAAUCUGUCAUCACGAGGAUUAUGUUUCAUAUCUGUCGAUAUGGAAAUGUGUACAUUCAGUGUCAUAUGUUAUACAUAAUGUUACAUCUUUGACAUUUGAUUCUGACAACUGAGUUGCCAAUGUUUAUUUCAUUCAUAUUUUCUUUAUCCUCUGCUGAAGAGGACGGAGAACAUGCAUCCUUAGACUAAACCUGUAGUAAUUGUACAUCCUGUAAAUGCCGUCUUGUUUUAAUUUGUCGUGUAGUUAUUGUUUGUUUUUAUUAUUGACUCUUGACUGAGGCUGUAGCCAAAUGUGUGAAGCUUUAAUCCCGACAAAGGCACACAGACGCCUCCUGUGCAUAUGUAUAUACUUGUGUAUAUAUCUUUGUUAUAUUUGUGUCUGCAAGUGGGAUGAACCCAUCUACACGGUGGUGUAGCUAUUUAAGAAUAAAAUACUGUGAUGGAGGAAAAAGAUGUUAAUAAACACUAACUGAUAAAUGUCCAUUGUGCACUGUGGGGCAAAAAAAAA